GCGUAAAACUGUGCACCUAUUGACGCUCUGCGGUUCACGACGGAUGAAGACAGUAGAGAGUGGACAUGUCAAUAGACACUGAUGUAAAAGAGACAGCCACGGUCGUGGCGCGGGGAGGUCUGCUAUUAGAGAAUGCCACUGCAGUCAAAUGUCACGCGUGCAUUAGCUCUUAGCAGUAAACACGUUUUUGUUCCGCUUGUUAUGUGUCUAGUUUUUAACCUUGAAUCAUAAUUUUGGGCCUAUAUUCAGGUCCCGCGGUUAAUUAGAAAAUGCCUCUUGUACAGAAUCAACAAGCCGGAAUAAUUUUGACAGAAACUCCUAUAGGAUCAUUCAAACAGAGGAAACGGAAGUCCAUCAUGGUCACUAUGAUGUUGCUCAUUGUGUCUGUACUCAUCCUUAUCUUUGGACUGGCAGCCACCACCAGGACACAGAACAUCACAGUCGGUGGCUACUACCCUGGAGUCAUUCUGGGCUUUGGCUCCUUUCUGGGAAUCAUCGGAGCCCAUCUGAUAGAAAACAAGAGGCAGAUGCUGGUGGCGUCCAUUGUGUUCAUCAGUUUUGGAGUGGUAGCUGCCUUCUGCUGUGCCAUUGUGGAUGGGGUGUUUGCAGCCAGACACAUUGACCUUAGACCUUACUAUGCCGGCCGCUGUGAUUUCUACACCAAUUCAAAAUCCUCUGUGGAUUAUGAAGACGUUCACUGCCAGACAGCAUCCCGUGCAACCUGUAACCUACGUGUGAAAUCCAAUACCUGCUACUGCUGUGACCUCUACAACUGUGGCAAAGAACAUCCUCUUUUGGGACAUGGGAAUAAAGAUGUUUUGAAAAAGUUUAGGAAAACGUCCAUGAUUUGGAAGCCCAGCCGUGUGGAGCUGAUGGGGGGCUACCACGAGUACACGGAGGUGGGGAGCUGCGAGGAUGUGGUACACCUUUAUCACCUGCUGUGGUCCGUCACCAUCCUCAACAUCAUCGCUCUCUUCCUGGGCAUCAUCACCGCCGCCGUGCUGGGAGGCUUCAAGGACAUGACGCCCAUGCUGACCCCUGACUCGUGUGAGUCAGAGCCCCUCCCAGCAGCCCCUGUCUCCACAGAGCUUCCAGCUCCCAGCACCUCCUCCUUCAACUGCUACUACAGCAAUGCCCCCUACCUGCCACCCUAUACUGCCUACGACCUGCAGGGCUCCAGCAUGAUGUUCCCUGACUCUUCUGGCCUGUCUGAUGAGUCCCAGUCGGGGGCCAGCCACAUGUGGUCCUCCCUGGUCCCCCCAUGCUACUCUCCACCUUACUGCCCACCCGACGAGAAGCCCCCGCCAUACAGCCCCUAGGAGAGAAGCUGGAACUGGGAAAGAACAGGGGAGGACAUCCGGUAUCAUCUCCUCUUUUGCCAGCUACAUUGGCAACAAAGGGCAAUGGGUAUUGAUGGGUGUUAAUGGACCUUGAAUAUGAACCUAUUUGAACGCGAGCUGCUGCUGCUGCAUAUGGUCCAAACUGUUCCUGAGCAGCCAAGCCUGCCUGAGCUGUGUGGAAUAUAAAGGUACAAGGAGUUAGUGGAAGAAAGAAAGAGCAUGAGUCACUGAUGUGACUAGAAGCCAGUGCUGUGAGGUUUAAUUCAUCCCCCAGUAAGUAUAGCCUGUUAGGAUUCAGUCAAAUCUGGAUGGAGCGGGGGGUAUAGCAAGACCCUGCUUGGCCUACACCCCCUUUUCUCAGCAGACUCUCUCAGUUGGUGCCAGUUUGCUCCCUAACUCUUCCCCUUGGCCCUAACUCUUCCAUGUCUGCAUUUCUAAGGGGUCUGGGUAACUAUAAGCAGCGUAGUGGGGGAGCCAACAUCCUAUCGUUUACACCUUACAGGUCUGCAAACAUCAAAGGGUUAUUUGAAUUGAUGUCAUUAGGAUCCCCAUUAGCCGACACCAAUGGUGACAUCUAGUCUACCUGGGGUCCGACACACAACGAAAAAAUACAUUACAGACAAAAAUACUAUAAUUUUCAUACAUUUAAAAAUAUUAACAUUAGCUAGGUUUCCAUCCAAUUGAGGACAGAUUUUCAUGCAAAUAUUCUAGAAUCUGCAUAAAGAAAACAUGCACAUUUUCCCACCAGUGGUGUGUUUCCACCAAAUAGACUUGUUGCGGAUAAAAAUCAGUGCGUGAUGAAAAUUUACUUUUUCACAUAAGUUUUCAUGUACAGAAUACAUUUUUUAAGUUCAAUUGUUUCCAUCGCAUUUUUAACUUUACUUACUACUAACACUGUUGCGUUAAUGGACCUACUCUGGUCUUGGCAGUGUGCUCUAGCCAACAGCUCACAGAUACAGUGCGGGUAGGCUGUGCAGGUAGGCUAGUCUACAAUGAUGAGAUUAUUAUGGAUAAGAGCAAGAAGAUUUUUAUUUGUCAAAUGGCAGUCAAGCAUCGAUCAUCAUGUCACCAGAAAAGGACCCUCGAUAGUUAUUGGAAAGGAGCAUCAAGAUCACUUUGCACUUUCAGCACCCUGUGAAGUGCAUCAUAACUUAUUUCAUCUGUAGCCUAAUAAACUGCAUGGUAUCCUGAGUUGUAAUGGGAGGAACACACACCAUAUCAUCGCAUGACUCCAAGUUUACUUUGAUAUAUUUGCGCAUAAAGGCGUUUCCACUGCCAUUUCUCGCCUAAUUAAUUGUACAGACACAAAAAGAUCCCACCAUGUCGAACAAACAAAUUAUCUGUCGGCAUUUAUAAAAUUGUACUGAAACAUCCUGUUUCCUUCACAGCUGCCAUGAUUGUUUUUUGUACGGUAUGACUUUAUCCGCAUAAAAACUGUGGAUGGAAACGUGGUUAGUGACAUUACAGACUUAAAUAUAAACUACAACUAAAGACACAUUUAAUAAAACUUAAGAAUAAUAAUGUGUGUGUGUGUGUAGAGUGUGUGUGUGUGUGUGUGCGCAUCGAUCAGUUACACAUACAUGUCAGUACAUACACACGUAGGUCAAGUAGGUCACAUGUGGGAGAGGUGUUGCUUUAUUUGUUUUUUUAAAUGAAGUUUGCUGUUCACUUGAGCAAUAUGAGAGGGAAGGGAGUUCCGUGCAAUCGUGGCUCUAUAUAAUACUGUACGUUUCCUUUAAUUUGUUCUGGACCUGGGAACUGUGAAGAGACCCCUGGUGGCAUGUCUGGUGGGGUAAGUAUUUCUGUCAGAGCUAUAUGUAAGUUGAUUAAGCAGACAAUUUAGAAUUUUCAACACAUUAAUAUUUCUGACAAAAACAAGAAUUGAUGCAGUCAAUCUCUCCUCUAUUUUGAGCAGAGAGAGACUGACAUGCAUACUGUAGACAAUUGCCCUCAGAGUACAUUGAAGGGCAAGACGUGCUGCUCUGUUCGGGGCCAGCUGCAGCUUUUCUAGGUUCUUCUUUGCAGCACUUGACCAUAUCACCGGGCAAUAGUCAAAAGAUUAGAUAAAACUGGGCUUUUGGUUGACUGUGAUGUUAAAAAUUCUGAGCAUCGCUUUAUCACAGACAGACCUCUCCCCCCAAUUUAUAAUCUAGGGUGACACUGAGAAGUUUAGUUUCUUCAACUUAUUCAACAGCCACAUCAUUCAUUACCAGAUUCAGCUGAGGUCUAGAACUUACGUAAUGAUUUGUACCAAAUAUGUGUUAUGGCUUUACAUCCUAUGGUAAAGAAUGUAAAGCCAUAACACCUAUGUUUAUCCAACAACAGGCUAUUUGUCAAUAAUAUUAAAGGUUGUUCUGAAGUCUAACAAUACAGCUCCCACCAUAUUUUUAUUAUCAAUUUCUUUCAGCCAAUCAUCAGUCAUUUGUGUCAGUGCAGUACAUGUUGAGUGCCCUUCUCUGUUGUUUAUUAGAUUACAGAGAAAUAGCAUUGUAUUUGGUCAAACUCCAUUUUUUCCUGAAGUUUGCUAAGAGCUGGCAGAAAGCUUAUUAGUCAGCUGUUAGAACCAUUAAAGAAUGAUUUACCAUUCUUGUGUAGCGGAAUGACUUUGGCUUCCCUCCAGGCCUGAGGACAAACACUUUUCUCUAGGCAGAUUAAAGAUAUGACAGAUAGGAGUGGCUAUAGAGUCAGCUACCAUCCUCAGUAGCUUUCCAUCUAAGUUGUCAAUGCCAGGUGAUUUCUCAUUAUUGAUGGAUAACAAUUUUUCAACCAUGAAUAUGAUGGCUCACAGUUUGUUUUGGGCAUUUCUGAGUUUGUCAACUUUGCCAAUGAAAUAGUCAUUAAAAUAAUUGUCAAUAUCAAAAGGUUAGAGCCAAGGUGAAGGGGUGGGAGCAAAUUGGGAUUGGCUGUAGUGUAUCAAAAACAAGCUGACCUGUCUUAAGAUGCCAGGACUGUCUACAGAUGUGCCUUAUCCAUAUCUGUCAACUCAAGAGAAGCACUAGUUAUCCUGGCCAGAUGAGAAGCUCUCCUCAAACAAUGUGGUCUCCUCCUUGGACAAUGUGCUCUCCUUGGACAGUAUGGUCUCUUCCUUGGACAAUGUGCUCUCCUCCUUGGACAAUGUGCUGUCCUUGGACAAUGUGCUCUCCUCCAUGGACAAUGUGCUGUCCUUGGACAAUGUGCUCUCCUUGGACAAUGUGCUCUCCUGUAAUGUAUUCUACAACAUCAUUAUCACCCCAGUACUAGAAAUAUCAGCUGUAAUGGUGCUUGGAUUUAUGUAAAGGUACACAAUUUUCUCUAGUAGUGCAAUUGAAAAUGAAGGUAUUGAAAAAUCGAUACUGAAGAUCACAGUUCACCCUAUUUAUCUAGCUCACAGUAUUGUUAUUAUAGAUGGGUCACAGUUCACUUUAUUAAUCUAGCUCACAGUAUUGUUGUUAUAGAUAGGUCACAGUUCACUUUAUUAAUCUAGCUCACAGUAUUGUUGUUAUAGAUAGUUCACCUUAAUACUAUACCUCGCAUUAUUGUUGUUAUAGAUUGUGAACAUGGUUAUAGCAGAGAAAAUAAUGAGAACAUACUCUGAGUCUGUUUGUUGUAAGGGGUGGAUUAGGGGGAAUCUGAAACAUAAAUGAUCACCGAACAUUAUGUAAUGUAUUUUAUAAAUUGUAAAGGGACUGGCUAAACACAAAACUCUUCUGUUUCUUUCUAGGUGUGAUAUAACAGGCUUUUACACUUGAAUAUAGCAAAAAAACAGCAUUGUGGGUUGUAUCUUAAUCACAAAAUGCAUAGACCUCAAAGUAAAGAGCAGCUUCUUGAGAUCAUCGAUUAAAGUAGUCAGCUUUGUUUUUGCAUAAUUUUUUUGAACAGCACUUUCUCAACAGCUGAAGAUGGACGUCUGCUGACUGGAGUGGAUGUAUUGUCUCGCCAUUAAAAGUAAUUUUUGUGAAAAA